AUGGCCGACGGAUCUCACAGCAUGGGCGCCGACGGCAGCACUCUGCGCGAGCGACCCUCUGCUAAGCCGCUGCACCUGCACAAUUCUGAAGAUGCGAGACAAAAGGUAUUAGACCUGAAUGAACAGGAGGCUAAAGAGCAGAAACAUGGCCCAACGCGAACCUACGGCAGGACGCCGGACGGCACCGUCUUCAUCGUGCCGCAAACGCACGACAUGGUAUCGCAGCUUCUUUCGCCCUCGCAACCAAAGAACCUGUCUGACCUAGUCGUACUCGCUGCCCUCGCUGGUCUGAUACUCCUGCUCUACGCAUUGCCCAAAAGCGCCCGCAAGCCCGUCUUCGCAGUCAUCUUUCUGUUCUGGCGUGCCGCCUAUAACGUAGGCAUUGGCUGGCUCCUGCACAUGCAGUCCAACCAUAACCGCCUGGUCCUCUGGGCGAAGAACUCGCACAUCUUCGAGAACCCAGACCUAGGCACCAACAAGUAUCGUACCCUGUACGGGCUUCUCAAGCGCGAAAUGGAGACCAAGAUCCCAAAGGACUACAAGUUCGAGGAAGCGCCGCUCGAAUACAACACGUGGUUGCUCUUCAGGCGAGUCGUAGACCUCAUCCUCAUGUGUGACUUCGUGUCGUACUGCCUCUUCGCGAUAGCCUGCUUUAAUCGCCCCGACGAGAGCUGGGGCUUAUGGAUGCUACGAUGGGCCACGGGCAUCCUGCUCUUCUUGUUCAAUCUAUGGGUUAAGCUCGACGCUCAUAGGGUGGUCAAGGACUUCGCAUGGUAUUGGGGAGACUUUUUCUACCUCAUUGAUCAAGAGCUUACCUUCGACGGAGUCUUCGAGAUGGCUCCGCACCCUAUGUACUCAGUCGGGUAUGCGGGAUACUACGGUAUAUCUAUGAUGGCAUCAAGCUACGCUGUCCUCUUCAUCUCCGUAAUCGCACACGCCGCUCAAUUUGCCUUUUUGACCUUCGUGGAAAAUCCUCACAUCGACAAGACGUACAACACGCCACCGCCCAGAAAGCGCCAACAGUCCCAAAGCAUCCCUCGCGAAGAACGCCCGACAACCGGCCACUCCGAAGCUGCAUUCAUCGAUGGUGCGCCUAUCAUCGAUUCUUACGGGCAGCCCUCGCAAGUUCACAACAUCGUAGGUCCACUAAACACCGAUUUCCAUCGUUCACUCGAUACAAGUGCAGUCUUGUUCACAUUCUACAUAUUCUGCUUUGCAACCAUGACACCGAACACUUGGCCGGUGCGCACAUUCUUCCUUGUUAAUGCCUUCAUCUGGAGGCUGUGGUACGCGCUCGGGCUUGGAUAUAUCCUAGACCGACAGUCCAAGAAGAAGAACUGGACACGCCACUUCAUCAAAUAUGGAGACAGCAAAGAAGAAGCGUGGCGACAGUGGAAGUAUUUGUACCACCUGAGCAUGACGUUGAGUCAUAUCAGCUUCGCCGCGGCAGCUUGGAAAAUGUACACUCUUCCGUCGGACUGGACGUAUGGAUGGACGCUGCUGCGACAUGUUGUCGGAGUCAGCCUGAUCGCCCUGCAAAUGUGGGUUGCAUCUAGCAUCUACGAGUCUUUGGGAGAAUUCGGUUGGUUUUGCGGAGAUUUCUUCUUCGACCCACCGUCCAAGAACCUCACUUACUCUGGCAUCUACCGCUUCCUGAACAACCCCGAACGUGUCUUGGGCCUCGCCGGCGUGUGGGGCGUUGCACUGAUCACAUGGAGUCUACCCAUGUUCUACCUCGCUGGAACCGCGCAUAUCCUCAACUUGGUGUUCUUGCAGUUCGUCGAGCGUCCGCACAUGCAGAAGCUCUACGGCGAAAGGCUGCGCCAGACGUCGGGCGUGAGCAAGACACUCAGGCAGGCCCUUCCCAGCCCCGUCCGCAACUGGCAGUCAGCGGCCGAUGAAUACCUCAAUUCGACAGUGGAAUUCAUCGAGGAGGUUAUCGAGAGCGCGAGGCCCAAGCUAGCUGCUGGUGUCGAUACAUUCUUCAAAGAUACAACUGCUCUGUUCAAGUCUUACCCGGCACGCAUAUCAAUCACCCGUCUCGCUCCUGAAUUAGCUGGAGUAGACCCAACACAGUACAAGCUCGAGAUUGAGGGGUCGCGAUUGUCGCCGUACAUGGAGCUUCAAAAGGGCCAUGCGCGAGAAGGAUCAAUGGCACGCACGCCAGCAGAGCGCACUGGCGAUGUCGACAAGCUCAUGCUCGAAUACGGCGCCCCCAUUAAGGUUCGUUGGCAGGCUCCGCUGAACCACAGCAAGAAAGACUGGAUCGGUCUGUACAUGGUCGCCGACAACGCGUCGCGCGACGUAACUCGCAUCGGUAGCAACGGACGCUGGAUCGCGACCAACAAGGGCGUCCACGACACCUCCCGUGCCGAAGAAGGUAUUCUCGUCUCUGACAAGCUCAUACCCGCCGCCGCCCGCAAAGACGGCGACACGGAUUGCUAUACUGGCGAAGUCGAGUUCCGCGGCGACAAGCUCUGGUGGACGACGGGCGUGUUCGAGUUCCGCUACCACCACAACGGGAAACACAACGUGCUCGCCGUCUCUCAAGCUUUCGAGACACGCAUCUCGCGCUUUGACGAGGAGGACGUUGAGCUCGAUGCGAACGGGACGAUUCGCGAGCCUGUGGAGCGCGCGCUGUUGCCCGUCGUGCAGAAUUGCUUUGAUAGGGAUCCGGAGAUUGCGCCGAGUACGGUGGAUGAGCCGUUUGGCAGCUUGGUCGAGAGGGAUGGGAAAUAUGCUAGUAGGGUUGUGUUUGCGGUGCAUCAGAUGUUCGGCAUCGAAUUCACACCAGAGGUCGUCCAGGCUGACGGCACGGUGCGCAAUCUCGCCUGGCGCAUCUGCAAUGCGAAGAAAGUCCUGGCGCCGUAUAGCAUGUCGCGGACUGGCGGGCGCAACACGCCUGAGUUGCGGUAA